CACGUAAAGCUCAUAAAGUCUACUUGAUUCACUUUUUUUAUUUAUUUUUGUUAAUCAUUUGAUAAAAUAAUAUAAUUAUGUCACCACUAGUUUUGUACAGAGUAAAUCUUUUAGUAUAAUUUUUUAAUAUGUAAUUUCAAUUUUUUAAAUUUACAUCAUUUUUUUUUAUAUAAACGAAUUAAAUUGAGAUAUACUGAUAUUGAACAUCUCGCGUGUUGUGCAUUUCAAAGCAAAAAAAUGGGUAUGAGAUGGAUGGAGCCAUGGAGAUUUGGAGCUAGCUGGACAUCGACCCUCGGGGGUUGUCCGUUGCCCUCUUCGUCUUUUCUGCGCUUUUUCGGCCUUUAUAAGCAAGCAAGGGAGGGUGGCUACUUCCUCUGCUCCUCUGUCUUACCCUUUCAAGGCUUUUUCGGCCCUUAUAAGCUGUGUCUUGCCCUCACUGCCAUCUUAACCUUUUCUGCAUACGUUUUUGUUUUAUUUUAUGCAUUUCUUUUCAUGGACUCCUAACGCUUUAUGCAUUUCUUUUCAUGGCAACUUCCUCACUCACUUCUUCUGCUCCUCUGUGUAACCUUUAAAGGUCCAUUUCUUCUUCUGAUUAGAUUUGUUGAUUUUUUUACUUUGUUUGAAUUUCCAAUUGAAUUGAUUGCACAUGCACGGUGGGUUUAUGUGUGUGUAGGUUUUUUGAACUUUAAUUUGAUUAUUGACUUCACGAAUAUACAGUUUUGGUCUGGUCAUUUGCUUUUUUUAUGGUAUAAUGGAUGGGGGUGUCAUUUCAUUCUCGAAUCUUGAAGUUCUCUUUCUAAGAAUUUUUUUUACAAUGGAAGCUUCACUCUUGCUCAAAAAACAACCAUCUCAUUUUUUUACAGAAAAAAAGUCACACGCACUCAAGCAUCCACAGUUAUUCAUAGUGAACUCAUCCAAAAUUAUGCUAUUGAUUAAAUUGGUGUUACUUUU